AUGAGUUUAAACUUAUCAUACCUUGUUAAUCCUCCUACCGAAACUGGAUCAUCAAUUCCUGCUGAUACCGACCAUGCCAUAUCUGUAACUCUACCAACAUGGCAAGCUAACGUUGGAUAUGAAGAAGGGGAUCCUGACGUUGCUACAAGGAUGCAGACAGGCUAUCCUAGAUUUUUUAUAAAUACGUUUAUUAAGGAGUGUGCUGCCAAAAUAAAAAGGUUACCUGAAGUUCAAAAGCUAAACUUGAGUAAUUAUGAUACAAUGCUUUACCCGUCCAUGGCGAUUGCUCAGCAAUGUGUCGAGUUUAUAGCUAAGAAAGCGCAAUUGGAACCAUCAACUCUUCCUAUGGUUGAUGCUUCUCAAUCUUUAAAGUCACAUCUGAAGACUCUAGGAUCUCAUCAUAAUAAGGACAUUCAUAUCCCUGAUGUCUUUGCUGUUUUAUUUCCUUCCGAUCGGUUUAGCGUAGCUAAGCAGUUUUGGCAGCAUACUGGUGAAGGUAUUUCCAGCCGAAGAGCUGCUUGCUUUUUGCAGGCAUUCCAGUUAAUUCAAAUUGUUGCAAAAGAGGGCUCCUAUAAACAAUCGUUAUUACAUCUAAAAAGCAAAAGUAGAAGCAGAUAUGCUUCUACUCAUGAUAUGGAAGCGUUACAAAGUUGGAUGAGUGACGAUAAUCAGUCAAAUGAAGCUGAAAUGACCGAUUUAAGCCGUUACCUAGAGGAGCGAUAUGGCCGUAACUUAGAUUUAAGCUUGGCAACUUCCGCCAAAAUUGUUUUAAGAAGGCGAAUUGCUGGAACUCUCGAAGAGGAAGUUGACUUGAAAAAGACCCUUCCCAAUGAAAAAGAAAGCGAGUUGAGACAGAUUCAAGGCUUGACCCAUGAAGAUGUAUAUCUUUUCCCUACUGGCAUGAGCUCCAUUUACAAUGCUCAUCGCAUCCUUAGAAAUGUAUUGAAUGGUACCAGGAAAAGCGUUUGUUUUGGAUUUUGUUAUGUUGAUACUUUAAAAAUUUUAGAGAAAUGGGGAGCUGGCUGUUAUUUUUACGGACUCGGCAACGCUUCUCAGCUGGACGAAUUUGAAAAACUCUUGGAAAGUGGAGAAAAGGUUUUGGGCCUAUUCUGUGAAUUCCCUUCUAAUCCUUUAUUAAAUACUCCUGAUCUUGUUCGUAUUCGACACCUUGCAGACAAGUAUGACUUUGCCGUUGUUGUGGAUGAAACAAUUGGAAAUUUCCUAAAUGUGGAAGUGCUUCCCUAUGCUGAUAUGGUUGUAAGCAGCUUGACGAAAAUAUUUAGUGGAGACAGUAAUGUCAUGGGUGGUAGCUUAGUUUUGAAUCCAUUAAGCCGUUUAUAUGGAAAAUUGAAGGAGGGAAUGGCGAAAUUGUAUGAGGAUAACUUCUAUGAUGAGGACGCGUUAACCUUGGAGAGAAACAGCCGUGAUUUCGCCGACAGAUCUAAGGUCAUAAACCAAAACGCUGAGGUUAUAUGUGAAUUAUUACGGAAGAGUCCGAAAGUGAAGCAGCUAUACUAUCCCAAAUACAAUCCUUCUUCAAACAACUACGAAACUUGCAAAAGAAAGAAUGGUGGUUACGGAGGAUUAUUAUCCGUUGUUUUUCAUGAUCCAUCCAAUGCACGACGCUUUUAUGAUCACAUUGGUGUUGCAAAGGGGCCUUCUCUAGGAACCAACUUUACAUUGGCUUCUCCCUAUACUAUCAUCGCUCACUAUCAAGAAUUAGAUUGGGCCGAAGAGAACGGCAUCAAUAGAAACCUGGUCCGUAUUAGCGUUGGCAUGGAACCAAAAAAGCAUCUAUCCGCAGUAUUCUCAGAAGCUCUAGACUAG